AUGUCGGAUCCCCCCCAAUCCCCUUCGAAGGAUGUUGAGGCAGGUGUACAGUCACCCGAUGGCGAUGAAGCACAAAUGAAUGACCCUCAAGACCCACACAGCGGCCUCGGCUAUGAGUUUGAGGUGAAGGAGCAGGACAGGUGGUUGCCCAUAGCCAAUGUCGCCCGCAUCAUGAAGAUGGCGCUGCCCGAAAACGCCAAAAUCGCGAAAGAAGCCAAGGAGUGCAUGCAAGAGUGCGUGAGUGAGUUUAUUAGUUUCAUCACGAGCGAAGCAUCCGAAAAAUGCCACCAGGAAAAGAGAAAGACUGUCAACGGCGAGGACAUACUCUUUGCUAUGACUUCUCUUGGAUUUGAGAAUUACGCAGAGGCUCUCAAGAUCUAUCUUUCCAAAUAUAGAGAACAGUCGCAGUCAAACAGAGGCGAGAAUCAACAGGGCAGACCGGGCAGCCAGGGUGGUUAUGGGCCGAGUGCACCCGGCGGAUCGAAUGCCGCUGGGUCGGGCUUUCAAGGCAGUGAAUCUGUCGAAGGUGGUGAUGGUUAUUUGUAUGGCCAAGCCCACAACGGUGCAGGCGGCGAAACCUACUAG